AUGCCAAAUUUCACAGAUGUGACAGAAUUUAUUCUUCUGGGCUUGACCAGUCGUCAGGAGUUUCAAGUUCUCUUUUUUGUGAUAUUUCUAGUAGUUUACAUGAUUACUCUGUUAGGGAACAUCGGUAUGAUCAUUUUGAUCAGCACUAGUCCUCAGCUUCAGAGCCCUAUGUACUUCUUCUUGAGUCAUUUGUCUUUUGUCGAUGUGUGGUUCUCUUCCAAUGUCACCCCCAAAAUGUUGGAAAACUUAUUAUCAGAGACAAAAACUAUUUCCUACGUGGGGUGUUUGGUGCAAUGCUAUUUUUUCAUUGCCCUUGUCCACGUGGAAGUCUAUAUCUUGGCAGUGAUGGCCUUUGAUCGGUACAUGGCCAUCUGCAACCCUUUGCUUUAUGGCAGUAGAAUGUCCAGGACUGUCUGUGUUCGACUUAUCUCUGUGCCUUAUGUCUAUGGAUUCUCUGUUAGCCUCAUAUGUACACUAUGGACAUAUGGAUUGUACUUCUGUGGAAACUUCGAAAUCAACCACUUUUACUGUGCAGACCCUCCUCUCAUCAAGAUUGCCUGUGGGGGGGUCCACAUCAAAGAAUACACGAUGAUUGUUAUUGCUGGAAUUAACUUCACAUAUUCUCUCUCUGUGGUCCUCAUCUCCUAUACCCUCAUUGUAGUCGCCGUGCUACGCAUGCACUCUGCUGACGGCAGGAAGAAGGCAUUCUCCACAUGUGGGUCCCACUUGACAGCUGUUACGAUGUUUUAUGGGACUCUCAUAUUCAUGUACCUCAGGCGUCCCACUGAAGAGUCUGUGGAGCAGGGGAAAAUGGUGGCCGUAUUUUAUACCACAGUGAUCCCCAUGCUGAAUCCCAUGAUCUACAGUCUGAGGAACAAGGAUGUGAAAGAGGCAGUCAACAAAGCAAUUGCCAAGGCAAAUGUGGGGCAGUGA